UAUCAAGAAGGCAUCGGUAUCGCUAUUACGGGCCGGGCUCAGAACAGCAGAAAGAACGAAAAAUCAUUCUCAAUCGUUCUUGCAUGGACGGUGGUGCAUGUUGUGUGUUGAGCGCGUGCAUAGAACCUCGAGGAAGGUUGUAAGUAGGCUGAAGGUAAGGACGUGGGGCGCGUUGGUGGAGCAACCUGCGGGGAGAUAGAGAGUAAACUAGGAAGAGGGAGUCAGUGUGUGCAGCUUAUCAGUGCAGCAGACGGGGAAAACAAUCGACAGAUAUAAAACGGCUUUCGUAAAGUCCGAUGUCUAGUGCUGAGGUGGUGGAGAGCUCCGUUGACCCCCCAGCUAAGAAGCGACGCGUUGCUGCCACCACGGGAGGAGCCGAAGAACCCGCGGCGACCGGAGAUAUGGCGAAAAACGGCUCUACUUCCAGAGCACCUGCUGAAAUUGACGAGGGACUCUACUCCAGGCAACUUUACGUCCUCGGACAUGACGCCAUGCGCCGGAUGGCGUCCUCGGACGUCCUCAUCUCAGGACUUGGUGGUCUUGGCGUUGAAAUUGCCAAAAACGUCAUCCUCGGUGGAGUCAAGUCAGUUACCCUACACGAUGAUGCACUUUGCCGUAUAUCCGAUCUUGGAUCCCAGUUCUACCUUACUGAGGCAGAUAUAGGUAAGAACCGUGCUGCGGCCUGCUGCCAACGUUUGUCAGAACUCAACAACUAUGUACCUACUCGCCAUCACUCUGGACCUCUAACCGACGGUUAUAUCAAGAAAUUUAAAGUUGUUGUAUUAACCGAAACUUCAUUGGAGGAACAACUGCGUAUUUCUGAGAUUACUCAUGCUAAUGAUAUAGCUCUUAUAAUAGCAGAUACUAGGGGACUCUUUUCCCAAGUUUUUUGUGAUUUUGGUAAUUCUUUCACGGUUGUGGAUACCAAUGGAGAACCACCAGUUACUGCUCUGAUUGCGAGCAUAUCUAAGGACAGUGAAGGAGUAGUGACGUGUCUGGAUGAUACACGACAUGGUAUGGAGGAUGGAGAUUACGUUACAUUCUCAGAAGUUCAAGGAAUGACAGAGCUAAAUGGAUGUGAGCCUAAGAAGAUAAAGGUUCUUGGACCGUACACAUUUAGUAUUGGAGAUACCAGCAAGUACCUUGAAUAUAUUAGUGGUGGUACUGUGAGUCAGGUGAAAAUGCCAAAGAUUUUACAUUUUCUACCACUUCAAGAAGCUUUGAAGAAGCCUGAGAUUGUCAUCACAGAUUUUGGAAAAUUUGAUUAUCCUGGUCAACUGCACUUAGCAUUUAUAGCUCUGCAUCGAUAUCAGUCAGCUAAGGGAAAAUUACCGAGACCAUGGAACAAAGAAGAUGCUGAGGAAUUUUUGAACAUUGCUAAAGAGGUUAAUAAAGACUAUGGCCUUGAUGUUGAGAUAAAUACUGAGUUGCUAGAAACCUUCGCUAAAAUCUCAGCUGGAGAUUUGAACCCAAUGAAUGCAACUAUUGGAGGAAUCGUUGCUCAGGAAGUAAUGAAAGCUUGUUCCGGCAAAUUCCAUCCAAUCUACCAAUGGCUAUACUUUGAUGCAAUCGAGUGCCUACCAGCAGAUCGUUCAGAACUGACCGAAGAAGAUUGUUGUCCAGCAGGAACACGAUACGACUCUCAGAUAGCAGUAUUUGGCAAAAAAUUCCAGUCAAAGAUCGGAAGUUUAAAAUAUUUUGUAGUAGGAGCUGGAGCCAUAGGUUGUGAAUUGCUUAAAAACUUUGCCAUGAUGGGUGUAGGUGCAGAAAAUGGUUGUAUCACAGUCACUGACAUGGACUUUAUUGAGAAAUCCAACCUAAACCGUCAGUUCUUAUUUAGACCAUCCGAUGUUCAAAGAUCAAAGUCUUCUACAGCAGCAAAAGUAAUCAAAGGUAUGAAUCCUGAUGUCAACAUAGUUGCACAUGAGAAUCGAGUCUGCCCGGAAACCGAGAAAGUUUACAAUGAUGAGUUCUUCGAGGUCUUGGAUGGAGUAGCAAACGCCCUAGACAAUGUUGACGCCCGCAUUUACAUGGAUCGCCGUUGCGUUUAUUACCGCAAGCCUCUUCUAGAGUCUGGUACUCUAGGAACUAAGGGAAACACUCAAGUAGUAGUUCCAUUCCUUACAGAAUCCUACAGCUCCUCUCAAGAUCCUCCAGAGAAGAGUAUUCCUAUUUGCACUUUGAAGAAUUUCCCCAACGCUAUAGAGCAUACACUGCAGUGGGCCCGAGAUACUUUUGAGGGUCUUUUCCGUCAAGCUGCAGAGAAUGCUGCGCAAUACAUCUCCGACCCUCAAUUCGUCGAGAGAACUCUGAAGCUACCUGGUGUACAACCAUUAGAAGUCCUGGAAUCUGUGAAAAUUGCUUUGGUGGACGAGAGACCCAAGUCAUUCGCAGAUUGUAUCGCAUGGGCUCGCUGUCACUGGCAGGAACAGUAUAACAACCAAAUUAGACAGUUGCUCUUUAAUUUCCCACCAGAACAAAUUGGUUCCAGUGGUCAGCCAUUUUGGUCCGGACCCAAGCGCUGCCCAAUACCAUUGAUCUUCGAUGUGAACGACUCUCUUCACUUAGAUUACAUUGUUGCUGCAGCCAACCUUAAGGCUGUCAUCUAUGGACUGCCAACUAAUCGUAACCGCGAAGAAAUAGCCAGCAUUGUAAACACCGUGCAAGUGCCAGAAUUCACACCAAAGUCUGGAGUGAAGAUAGCUGAAACCGACUCCCAGGUUCAGGUAUCUAACGGUAGCGGUAACGUGGACCAUGAGAGACUCACUCAACUCCAGGAGGAGCUACCCAAGUCUGAUCAAAUGAAGGGUCUUGUAAUUCAUCCUCAAGAAUUCGAAAAGGACGACGACACUAAUUUCCAUAUAGACUUCAUCGUAGCUGCUUCAAAUUUGAGAGCUACCAACUACAAGAUUCCACCAGCUGAUAGACACAAGAGCAAACUCAUCGCUGGAAAGAUUAUACCGGCCAUUGCUACAACCACUUCAGUAGUGGCUGGUCUUGUCUGCCUGGAGUUAAUAAAACUAGCUCGUGGCGUUAGAGAUCUUGCCAUUUAUAAAAAUGGAUUUGUAAAUCUCGCCUUGCCCUUCUUCGGCUUCUCAGAACCGAUAGCUGCGCCUAAGCUGAAGUAUUACGACACCGAAUGGACUCUUUGGGAUAGAUUUGAGGUCAAGGGUGAACUUACCCUCAAGGAAUUCCUCGAUUACUUCAAGGAACGUUACAAUUUAGAGGUGACGAUGCUCUCGCAGAAUAUCUGCAUGCUCUACUCAUUUUUCAUGGCGAAACCCAAGUGUCAGGAACGAAUGGGUUUGCCUAUGUCUGAGGUGGUGAAGAAGGUAUCGAAGAAGAAGCUGGAAUCCCAUGUACGUGCCCUGGUUUUCGAGUUGUGCUGCAAUGACAUUGAUGGAAACGACGUCGAGGUCCCAUACGUACGCUACACUUUGCCCUGACUCCCAGAAUAUACUCCACAUAAUAAGAAAUAUCUACUUAACUGAUUAGUUGUAGUAAUUUCUACAAAUUUCUAUUUUACAAUACGAUACAGGAAAAAAAAAUUAAUCUUUGUCUAUGUAAGGCUCACAGAUUAAGAAUUAUCGUCUCCGUAGCUUCGUGGGGUUUUCUUAGCGAAUCGAGCCUAGGGAAAUUAAGAAAAACAAUAUAUAAAACACGAGAGAUAGUAAAACAACUGGGAACCCGUUUCUUGCAAAAAUUGAUCUCCCUAUUGCUCAAAAAAAAAAUGAAAAUACGGAUUAUAAGAAAAUGGUGUUAGGAAAAAUGCGGUGAAAAAAGAACUGAGACCACGAGAUCUUAAUAGCGUAUCCUGAUUCCUUUUGUCGGUGAAAAUUUUAUUUUUUAUUGUUUUGCAAUAGCGUCGGCGACACUGGUAUUAUUUUAUUUUGCUUUGGUAAUUCCCUACUUUCCUUUUGUAUACAGUGUUUAAAAUUAAAGCGUUAUAGGAAAAAAAUAAAUAAACAAAUACAGAUUGUUUUCUUGAAUUCAGUGUGCGCUUCACUGCUUUCCUAUUCUAUCUAAUUAGUUAUGUUUCUUUUUACAUUAUGUAUACAACUAUUGUCUUCAGUUUUCAUCGAGGGUUCGUUUUCGCAAUUCUGUAAUUCCGGCACCUUCAUGGUAAUGACUUUUGGGCUCACUUGAAUAUCUUAUUCUAUAGCGUUGAAUAUAAAUUAAGGAAAUAUAAACGUGGCGAUGUCUAGAGAUACGUUGCUAGAAUGCUAACGCAAAUCUUAUUAUGUAGGUGUACCAAAAUGGAAGAGUACCAGAUCGUAUAAGUAAAUGCAAUAUGUAUCUUGCCGGCAGAUUAUUGUCUACAUUUUUGUUUCUAUUUUAUACAUUUAAUUUUACUUACAUCCGAAUAAAAUUAAAGCAGGUGACUAUAUUAACCGAUUACCCGACAACUCGAUUCUUUUGCUAUGAUAAAAUAAAAAUAUUUAAAAAAUUGGAAACACCGUCAUAUUUUCAAGUUCACAGUAAUCGAAAUUAUAAUAGAUUAUGUACAAUAUUUUUUCUGAUUAAUUCGCUUUUUCGGACUCCGCUGUAAACUAAUUAUUGGCUAAGACUGUUUGUUGUUAACGAGGGAUAUUUGCAUUUAGAUUUGUAAAAAAAAAUGAUUAAAAUUUAGACCAAAUAAAUGGGAGAGUGAAAGAAAAAAAAUGAUGUGGAAUAUUUUGUUAAUUCUAGGAUAAUGCGGAUAUUUAUUGUAUUUUUUUUCGAUAGAGGAUAAAUAAAUGUGUUUGGAUUUCAAGAGAUAUGAAAUACAGUAAUGAAAAUAAAGAUGAAUACCAUGAUUAUUGUA